CUCCCUCUCUCUCCCUCGCUCUCUCUGGCUCUCGCUCUCUCUCUCACACAGACACACACACACCUGCGAGGAGGGCAGCUCCCAUUUAGCACCACGGCGUCGCAUAUUUCCCGCUCACCUAUAGCCUAGUCGCACCUCUGCCGCCGUGGUCCCCAUGUGGCCCCUCCCUCACCGGACUGGACCGAUAAAUGGGUUAACUCUGUCACCGGGAGCGUCGGGAGAUCCCUUCCCAUCCCUCCGCUGUGUGACCGAUCUGCGCUCAAAGCUUUCUUCCUUUCUUCUCCGUGUUGAUUCGACAGAGCAGAUUGAAUUUAAAUCGUGAUUUAUCAUUUUCAUAAGAAGCGACCGGCAACAGCAGCAGCAGCGGCGGAACCAACACCAGUUCUUAGACCCAGACCCGUGGGCGGCUGGGUGGCGUCCGUCUGGGCGAGCUGACAGGACGAAGAUCUGGCACUCUGCGCUGCUUCAACAACACCCCAAAUUCUCAAGAUAUGCCGAUGAGAAGAGAGAUGUAGAAAACGGAUGUGAGGCCAUUCAUAUGGGUCUGGACUUCAGCUGAAACGGACAGAAUCAUCUCCCACCACCACCACCACCACCACCAUCCCCCUCCUCCUCUUUCUCCUCCUCCUCCUCACCUAACCAGUUGAUAUUUUUGAAAUAACUAUCUAAAAAGUGUGGAGCACAUGACACACUGGUGAAUCCCCGAGGCAGGUCCAACACACAGACUGAAUGAGUCCACCUUUGGCUGUCGGACGGACUCCUCAAGAGCACAGGACGGAUGCAAACAGACUAAACACAUCUUGGCAAUUCAAAACAGCCUCAGCAUCUCCGCCAACGGUGUUCUAACCGAGCGGGGUGAAUCUGACACCGGCACCGGGGGACCAGUCGUUUCACAGGCAGAAGAUGCCAUUCCAUCAUGUGCGGGCGGGCCUGCUCUAUCCAGACAACUACCUGAGCAGCUCCCUGACAGAGGGCAGUGAAGCCUUCCAGCUCACCAGCAUCUCCACAGAGGAGCUGGGAGAGAUCCGUGAGGCGUUUCGUGUUUUGGAUCGUGAUGGGAAUGGUUUCAUCUCCAAACAGGAGCUGGGCAUGGCCAUGCGCUCCCUGGGUUACAUGCCCAGCGAAGUGGAGCUGGCCAUCAUCAUGCAGAGACUGGACAUGGAUGGCGAUGGCCAGGUGGACUUUGAGGAGUUCAUGACGAUACUGGGGCCCAAACUGCUGUCGUCCGACAACCGAGAAGGAUUCCUGGGCAACACCAUUGACAACAUCUUCUGGCAGUUUGACAUGCAGCAGCUGUCUCUGGAUGAGCUGAAGCAGGUGCUGUUCCACGCCUUCCGGGACCACCUGACAAUGAAGGACAUAGAGAACAUCAUCAUCACCGAGGAGGAGAGCCUCAAUGAAACCUCAGGGAACUGCCCUGAGUAUGAGGGAGUCCAUCCUAAGAAGAAGAAUCGGCAGACGUGCGUCAGGAAAAGCCUGAUAUGCGCCUUCGCUAUGGCUUUCAUCAUCAGUGUCAUGCUUAUCGCAGCCAAUCAGAUGUUGCGGAACGGCAUGGAGUAACCAAUUGCACUGUGAGCAUGGGGAGUGGACAGAACAGCCAUGACCUCACAUCUUGUCUUUGCAGCCAAAGCUGGACCAGCCACAACCCAAGCACUUCUCUAAACAAUCAGUUGACUUUUUCUUUUCUUUUUUUUUUAAGUUUAUUUUGAACUUAACCUUAUAGAAGCAGACAAUGAGAGUAAAUGAAGAAAUAUAUUUGUUUUCAUGCAGAGUAACUGGACUUACUGGUCAUAUGGAACCUGAACUGGAAAAGAAUUAUGUUUUUAUAUAAAUCAUGAGAGUAAAUAGAAGGAUUUAUUUUGCUGUUUUCAAGACCAAGACCACCCUUUAAACUUAAUUUUCUAAUUACCGAAAAUGCGUAUCAGGUGCUUUGAGCCAUUCUAAAAAAAAAACAAACAAACAACAGUUAUUAUGGACAACUGAAUAUUAACCCCAGAGAAGUUGCGCUGAAUGUGAACUGAGUGAAUGAGGGCACUGAAUGUUGGGCACAGUAUUUAAAUGCAUAGUAAAUCCCUCCCAUCCCUAGGUUUUUUGUGAAUCGUCUGCGUCCUCGGCUCAGUCCACUAAUCUUUGAAAUCUUUGUGUAUCUACAAGGAGCACAACACAAUAAUCAGUGAGGGACCACUUAAGAAUCACCACUUUCCCACCAUCUCUGCUCUUUAGUCUUAGUACUGACUGAUUGAUUGACUGAUUGGUCACUCAACAUUUGUGUGAGUCUGUAAAAGACAAGCUCAGGAUGUCUGAGAGGUGUCAAAUAUAUAAAGGAUAAAAAACAAGAGACAUCAAAUCUCUCCAAUGAAAGUGGAGAUAUGGUUUUUGGAUAAUAACAGGACGAGGCUGAGACAAAAUAUUUUUAGUAAUGUGUUGGGGGGAAAAUGUUUCACCUCAGCAUCUCAUCGUAAUACUGCCCAAUUGUGGUAAAUAUAGACCACACAAAAAGCAUGCCAGUAUAUACACUGCCAUACCAAACAUUACUCUAACCCCAGCUUCCCGUGGAUUUCACUGUAUAUAUAGUGCUACUUAGCUUGUGUAAUGUAUUAUUCCUCUAAACAGCAGAAUGUAUGAUGGGUAGAAACUAGUGCGAUAUAUCAGGGAUAUACAGUAGAGCUCUGAAUUACUGUUUGCCACGGCUGCUUUCUUGGAAAAGGUUGCAUCCUGGUGGUUAAGAUGAGAACUGCAGCUGAAUGCUUGGACAGCCAUGUUUACAAGGUGUUCAAAAGUGAAGAACAACAGCACUGAUUUUAAGCUUGGAUCUGUGUCGUGUCAGUGUCACAAGGGCAGUUAGGUUUGUAUUAGUGAACAUUCAUUAUUUUUAAUGGCAAAAAUCAAGAAUUUCUUUUUGUUUUUUUUGUUUCCCACAUCCCAAUUUGUGCUGUUGCACUUGUAUACAGCUCAGGAUUGGAUGAGAGACUGAAGGUGUCAGCUGUGGUGCCUGUGAUGGUUUCUGGGGUCGUAUCUGUGUUUUAUGGUUCAGAUCUGAGAGCACUAACAUGUUAUAAAAUCUCACUGGGACGAGUUUUGAAAAGACCUUGUAGGUGUUUACAAUCACACUCCUCUUUUAUAAUGGAGCCGCCCGAGGUUGAACAUCCCAAUGACAACCACAGAUUAAAUUUGAGGAUGAAAAUUUUUUUUUUUUUUUUUUUUUUUAAAUGUGGUUGCAGGGCUGGCCAAUAAAGAGAUGUCACUGUUUAUCUACUGUCAUUGGAAUUGUAUUGUGAUUAUAUGUUCAUUUCCUGUCGUUGUUUUCCAAAAUUCUCUUGUCCAAACAAAGAAUCUCAAACACAUUAUCAUUUCAAAAUAAGAUUACCUGAGAUUGCGUUUAACACAUUUAAAGCAUCAGUUCGUUACAGUGAACAUCAUCUCUAUGAUUUCAUGUGAUUUUGAUUUUGUGAUAUUAAAAGUAUUUUCAUUAAUAUUGUGACAGUUAUUUCAACCAACCUGCCCUAUGUGGAUGCCAUCUUUUAAAACAGAUUUGUUGGUGUUCAUUGCUACAACAUUAACAUGUGUGGAUUCCUAAACUGCACGGUGCUCCCCUUGGACAUCACUGGA